CCCCCUCCUCUUACUGAAUCUCCCCCUGCCCCCACAGUCUCAUCUGCGGCUCCCCCUGCCCCUGUUGUCUCGUCUGCUGCUCCCAAUGCCCCCCUCACUCUUGCCGCCCUUUCUCUUUCAUCAGUUCCUCCACCCUGCCUUCCAGCCACCGUGUCCUCCGCACCUAAUGCAGGACUUCCUGGAAAGUCCGGCCAGCAGCCCGUUACUCCCUGCCCCACAGUCCCGCCCCCUCCUGUGAGCCCGGGACAUUUGGGGGAAGGAGGUAAAAAGGAGGCAGCGCUCCCCAGCCCAGCCCUGCAGCUCCCAGCAUCCAAAAAGAGCACCCGGCCAGCCGUGCCCCCUAGGAGGAGGCUCUCGGAGAGGACUUUGUUGGAAGACAGCGACAUUAUGAAGACUGAAAGGGGGGAUGAGAUUGAAGGGCUGAGGUGGGAAGAAAGGCAGCAGAGCCAUCCCCGAAGCAGCCCCAACAGCCUCUCACUCCAAAAAGCAACAGGUGCUCCCAGAAGAGCUGUGGAACAAGUCUCCCAGGGGGUGGGACCCACCAAAGUCAGCGGCACCAGCGGCAUCCAGGAUCGGCCAGAGCAACAGAAGACUAAACAACCUCCCGUCCCACCCCCGAGGAAGAAACGGGUUUCUCGACAGCUUGCCUCCUACCUCCCCAGCCAGCCGGAGACACCGGAGCCCACCGGGGAACAAUUCCAAGAGCGGUCCGCCCCACCGCUUUCCGUAAGGAGCUCCCCUACCCAAGGAGGGCCGGCCAGCAACGCAGUGACUCCGGUAGAGGCCAAAGGCAGCCCCCAGACCAUGGGUUCCACAGAGCUUAAAGGGUCCUUGUCCUCCCUGGCGGACAGCGUGGGGACAUCGGCCCUCACCCCAGACCAGGACUCCUACUCAACCAGCAGCACCGAAGAUGAGCCGGAUCACUUCAGCAGCCCCAGCGUGAAAAAGAAGUCCUCCAUGAUCCUGGACAAGGCCAAACACCGGCUGUCCUUCGUGAGUCUCUCCAACGUCUUUCACGCCUUCCUCUCCAGCAACCGAAAGUUACAGAAGAAAGUGGUGGAGUUGGCCCAGGACAACCACUCCUACUUUGGCAACCUGGUCCAGGACUAUAAAGUGUACAGCUUGGAGAUGAUGGCCAAGCAGAGCUCCAGCACGGAGAUGCUUCAAGAGAUCCGCAUGAUGAUGACUCAGCUGAAGAGCUACCUGCUGCAGAGCACCGAGCUCAAGACCCUGGUGGACCUUACCCUUCAUUCCGAGGAAGAACUGGGUAAGUGCUGGGCAGCCGCAGGGACCCUGCCAGUGCCCGUCCUGGGUGGGGGAUGGGGCUUGGGGCGUGGAAUCUUAUAGCCAAGGGUCUCUACUCUGUGUGGCUUCCUUCUCCACUCCCCGGUGCCUACUCUAAUCAUUACAGCAGCGCCCUUUCCAUUGCAUUAAAAAAAAAAAAAAAAAAAAAACCACCA